GCCACCAGCAGCUGCUGGAAACAGCAACAACUCCUGACUUUCCGGAAUGGUCAGACUGGCCCUGCCGGUCAACAUUGAUGGAAGGAGCAGGGAUCAGAGCAAGCACACAGCAUCAGCAUCAGCUGGCACAUCUGUCCCUGCAAGGUGGCCAUAGCAGUGCCAGGGAGCCAACAGGGCACACAACACAAUCCCCAGGCUCACUGCCCUCAAUCACCUCCUGCAUUUCUCUCCCUUCACAGCAGACCUGACAUUGUGGAGACUUGAUUGCACAGUACUUCUUCUUAUUAUUAUUAAUUUUUAUCUCUGUAGUUUUUGUAUUUAUUAUUUUAAUUUUACCCUUUUGGAUUACCUGGAACAACACCCCUCUCCAAACAACAAAAGGAUUGGUUUAAAUGGUUAUACCAGCAGAGAUCAUAAUGGGAAGGAAAUAAAUCAAAGCAGUGUGGAUAAAAUAGCUUCAUCCUGCACUCUUUGCUGCCUGCAAAACGAGAUCAUCUCUAAAAGAAGCACUGGAAAUCUCAUUGUCAAAUAAUGAAGCUACUGUAUUGGCGUGGGUGUUCUGGAUAAGAGAGUCUUUGCUCCAGACGUAUUGUUGAAGUGAACUGGUUGGCUUUGAAAAGGGCAUCACCAUGAAUAUGGUGAAAAGGAUUAUGGGCCGGCCUCGGCAAGAGGAGUGCAGCCCCCAGGAUAAUGCUCUGGGAUUAAUGCAUCUACGGCGCCUCUUUACAGAACUAUGCCACCCUGCCAGGCACAUGACACAGAAGGAGCAAGAGGAGAAACUUUACAUGAUGCUGCCAGUCUUCAACCGGGUGUUUGAAAGUGCACCUCCCAGUUCAAUGACCGAGAAGUUCUCAGACCUGCUACAGUUUACAACACAAGUUUCUCGACUGAUGGUGACUGAGAUUCGGAGGAGAGCAUCCAAUAAAUCUACAGAGGCUGCUAGCCGGGCCAUUGUCCAAUUUUUGGAGAUCAACCAGAGUGAAGAGACGAGCAGGGGCUGGAUGCUUCUAACAGUCAUUAACCUGCUGGCAUCAUCUGGCCAGAAAACUGUGGACUGCAUGACAACGAUGUCUGUGCCUUCCACACUCAUUAAAUGCCUGUACCUGUUUUUUGACCUUCCGCACGUGCCUGAGAUCCCUGGAGGAGCAGAUAACGAGCUGCCCCUUGCCGAACGCAGAGCAUUGCUUCAGAAAGUCUUUGUACAGAUACUCGUAAAGUUGUGCAACUAUGUUUCUCCAGCCGAGGAGCUGGCACAGAAAGAUGACCUCCAGCUCCUGUUCAGUGCAAUAACAUCCUGGUGCCCUCCUUACAACCUUCCCUGGAGGAAGAGUGCAGGAGAAGUACUGAUGACAAUAUCGCGACAUGGGCUUAGCCUGAAUGUGGUAAAAUAUAUACAUGAAAAAGAAUGCCUGGCCACGUGUGUGCAGAACAUGCAGCAAUCCAAUGAUUUGUCCCCUCUGGAAAUUGUGGAGAUGUUUGCUGGCCUUUCCUGCUUUCUCAAAGACUCCAGUGACGUCUCGCAAACACUGCUGGAUGACUUCAGGACAUGCCAAGGAUAUGUCUUCCUCUCAGAUCUUUUAUUGAGGCUGGAACAAGCAAAAGAAAAUGAAUCCAAAGAUGCUCUGAAGGACUUGGUUAACCUAAUUACUUCUUUAACAACAUAUGGUGUGAAUGAGCUGAAACCAGCUGGUUUAACAACAGGGGCACCUUUUCUGCUGCCAGGUUUCGCUGUCCCGCAGCCUACCGGAAAAGGUUUGAGUGUGCGGAACAUCCAGGCUUUCUCUGUCCUACAGAAUACAUUUUUGAAAGCAAAGACCAGCUAUCUUGCUCAAAUUAUUCUUGAUGCCAUCACAAACAUUUACAUGUCGGACAAUGCGAACUACUUUAUUUUGGAGUCACAGCACACACUUUCCCAGUUUGCAGAGAAAAUUACCAAACUACCUGAUGUGCAAGUGAAAUACUUUGAGAUGCUUGAGUUUGUUGUCUUCAGCUUGAACUAUAUCCCAUGCAAAGAGUUGAUUAGCGUGAGCAUCCUUUUAAAGUCCAACACUUCUUUCGGCUGUAGCAUCAUUGCCACCAAGACUCUACUAAAGUUCAUCCGCCACCACCAAAUAUUUAAAGAUGUUUUUAAAGAAGUUGGACUUUUAGAAGUUAUGGUCAACAUUUUGCACAAGUAUGCCGCUGUACUAAAAGAUCCCGCACAAGCCUACAUUGAACAAGGAUGCACUACUGUAAUUCAGUCAACAGAGGACCAAAGGCAACUUGCCCUGGUGGUUAUGGAAACAUUAACUGUUCUUCUUCAAGGAUCAAAUACAAAUGCAGGUGUUUUUAGGGAAUUUGGAGGUGCAAGGUGUGUACACAACAUUGUCAAGUACCCCCAGUGCCGUGAACAUGCGCUAAUGGUAAUUCAGCAGUUAAUGUUGUCUCCGAGUGGCGAUGAUGACAUGGGGACACUUUUGGGGUUGAUGCACUCCGCACCAUCUACAGAGCUGCAGCUUAAAACAGACAUUCUACGGGCACUUCUCAUAGUUUUAAGAGAGAGCCAUCGGACCAGGACGGUUUUCAGGAAAGUUGGAGGCUUUGUAUAUGUCACGUCUCUUUUGGUUGCUAUGGAAAAGUCUCUUGGUUGUCCACCAAGGAAUGGCUGGGAGAAAGUGAACCAAAAUCAAGUCUUUGAACUCUUGCACACAGUUUUUUGUACACUUACAGCAGCCAUGCGCUAUGAACCGGCAAAUUCUCACUUCUUCAGAACAGAAAUCCAAUAUGAAAAACUAGCAGACGCCAUCCGGCUACUUGGAUGUUAUGCAGAUUCCAGGAAAAUCAAACCAUCCAAUGUCUUCCCUUCUAACAACCAGCCAUUUCAGAGACUUGUAGAGGAGGAUCCAGUGGACUCUAUCUGCCCCCUGCUCAGGCACUGCAGUAAACUUUUUGUUUAUCUCUAUAAAGUAGCAACAGAUUCCUUUGACAGUCGUGCAGAGCAGAUCCCUCCUUGCUUGACCAAUGAGACUUCUCUCCCUUCACCCUGGGGCACUCCAGCUCUGUCCAGGAAAAGGCAUGUCUACCAUGCAGUUUCCACAUCCUCUAUAAACCCUCAGAAAAAUAUUACGGAUUUGAAAACCCAAGUAGGAACACCCUUUGUGUCAAGUUCAGAUGCUGUCAUUAUACAUCCCGGGGCCGUGUUGUCUAUGUUAGACCUUCUGGCAUCUAUUGAUUCAGAUACUCAACCAGAGCAUGCCCUGGACCUCCAGCUAGCAGUAGCAAACAUUUUACAGUGUCUGGUGCACACCGAAAGAAACCAGCAGGUCAUGUGUGAAGCUGGGUUACAUGCUCGUCUAUUGCACAGAUGCAGUGCCGCUCUAGCUGAUGAAGACCACUCGUUGCACCCUCCACUCCAGAGGAUGUUUGAAAGACUAGCCUCCCAAGCCCUGGAGCCUAUGGUGUUAAGGGAAUUUUUGCGUCUUGCCAACCCUUUGAAUUGUGCAGCAUGGGACAAGCGGUUGUUAAAGCAGUACAGAGUACAUAAGCCCAGUUCAUUGAGCUAUGAACCUGAAAUGAGAAGUAGCAUGAUCCUGUCCGCAGAGGGUCUUGGAUCUGAUAGUGUGUUUUGUGUGGAUGAAGAUAAGCACUACAGGAUUAACCGGAGUUUGGUAAAGUCAGCAGAAGGAUGCACUGUGCCCCUGACCAGGGUAAAGUGUCUGGUUUCAAUGACAACACCACAUGACAUCAGACUUCAUGGAUCUUCUGUGACACCAGCCUUUGUUGAAUUUGACACAUCUCUGGAAGGCUUUGGAUGCCUUUUCUUACCCAGCUUUGCACCCCAUAAUGCGCCUACCAGCAAUGCAGUCGCUACGAACCUUAUUGAUGGAGCUGUUGUGAGUGGAAUAGGAACAGGAGAACGACUUUUUCCUCCACCUUCUGGUUUGACCUAUUCAACCUGGUUCUGCAUUGAGCAUUUUAGCUCCCCUCCAAACAACCACCCUAUCAGGCUUCUGACUAUUGUUAGGAGGGCCACCUCAUCAGAGCAGCACUAUGUCUGUCUGGCCAUUGUCCUAUCUGCUAAAGACAAGUCACUGAUCGUGUCCACAAAGGAAGAGCUGCUUCAAAGUUACGUGGAUGAUUUCAGUGAGGAGUCCUCGUUUUAUGAGAUCUUACCUUGCUGCGCUCGGUUCCGCUGCAGUGAACUUAUACAGGAAGGACAAUGGCACCACCUGGUACUGGUCAUGAGUAAAGGCAUGUUGAAGAACAGUACAGCAGCUCUAUACUUAGAUGGCCAACUCAUCAACACUGUAAAGCUUCACUAUGUACACAGUACCCCAGGAGGGUCUGGAUCAACUAACCCACCAGUGGUUAGCACAGUAUAUACUUACAUUGGCACUCCACCUGCGCAACGCCAGCUUUCCUCUCUGGUGUGGCGCCUGGGACCAACGCAUUUUCUGGAAGAAGUCUUGACUGCUGCUAGUGUUGGCAUCUUAAAUGAAUUAGGACCAAAUUACGUUGGGAGCUUUCAAGCUGUUUUUUCACCAGGUAAAGAUUCCAAAUCUGAAUCAGGCAGUCCAUCUCUGGUGUCACUGGUUCCAGAGGAGAAAGUGUCCUUUGGACUGUAUGCGCUUUCAGUAUCGUCCCUUACAGUCGCUAGGAUAAGGAAGGUUUACAACAAGUUGGAUAGUAAAGCCAUAGCCAAACAGUUGGCUAUCUCUUCCCAUGAAAAUGCAACGCCAGUGAAAUUGCUGCACAACUCAGCCGGACAUUUGAAUGGACCCGCACGGACCAUAGGGGCUGCACUCAUUGGCUAUUUAGGUGUGAGGACAUUUGUCCCAAAGCCUGUGGCUACCACCCUGCAAUACAUUGGUGGAGCUGCUGCCAUCCUGGGCUUAGUGGCCAUGGCGUCUGACGUGGAAGGACUGUAUGCUGCGGUGAAAGCCCUUGUUUGUGUGGUGAAGAGUAACCCACUAGCAAGCAAAGAGAUGGAGAGAAUCAAAGGUUACCAGCUGCUGGCAAUGCUAUUGAAGAAGAAGAGAGGACUCCUAAACAGCCACAUUCUGCAUUUGACCUUUUCUUUGGUUGGAACAGUUGACAGUGGACAUGAAACCUCUAUUAUCCCCAACUCAACUGCUUUCCAGGACCUGCUGUGUGACUUUGAGGUCUGGCUGCAUGCACCAUACGAGCUCCAUCUCUCGUUGUUUGAACAUUUCAUUGAGCUGCUCACAGAAUCAAGCGAGGCAGCAAAGAAUGCAAAGCUAAUGAGGGAGUUCCAGCUGAUCCCGAAGCUUUUGCUGACUCUUCGAGACAUGUCUCUUUCACAGCCCACCAUCGCUGCCAUCAGUAAUGUGCUGAGUUUUCUGCUGCAGGGCUUCCCAAACAACAAUGACCUGCUCAGGUUUGGUCAGUUCAUCUCCUCAACUUUGCCGACAUUUGCAGUGUGCGAGAAAUUUGUUGUAAUGGAAGUAAAUAAUGAAGAGAAACUUGAGCCAGGAGCAGAAGAUGAUUUUGGAGGACUUGUCUCUGCCAACCUUAUUCUUCUAAGAAACAGACUGCUGGACAUGCUGCUUAAGCUGUUAUACACCAGCAAGGAAAAAACUACAGUAAACCUGCAGGCUUGUGAAGAACUUGUGAAGACUCUUGGUUUUGAUUGGGUGAUUAUGUUCAUGGAAGAACAUCUGCAUUCUACAACGGUCACAGCUGCCAUGAGGAUUCUUGUAGUGCUGCUGAGUAAUCAGUCUAUCCUUAUGAGGUUCAAAGAAGGAGUGAGCGGUGGUGGUUGGCUUGACCACACAGAUUCAGUUUUGACCAAUAAGAUUGGCACUGUGCUAGGAUUCAAUGUGGGAAGGAGCGCCGGUGGCAGAUCAACUCUCAGGGAGAUUAACCGUGAAGCUUGUCACUUUCCUGGCUUCCCAGUUCUUCAGUCUCUCCUCCCGAAGCACACUAACGUACCUGCACUUUACUUUCUGCUCAUGGCACUGUUCCUGCAGCAGCCAGUUACUGAACUGUCUGAGAACUUGCAGGUCAGUGCACCUGUCAGCAGCAACCGAAGUAACCGUGGUUGCCAGUUUGAUUUGGACUCCAUCUGGACCUUUAUCUUUGGAGUCCCUGCAUCCAGUGGAAAUGUCUUUUCUUCCAUCCACAAUGUCUGCACAGAAGCUGCCUUCCUCCUUCUGGGCAUGCUGAGGACCAUGCUCAAUUCUCCAUGGCAGUCUGAGGAAGAAGGUUCCUGGCUCAGAGAAUACCCAGUCACUUUGAUGCAAUUCUUUCGGUACCUAUAUCACAAUGUACCAGAUCUUGCUCCAUUGUGGUUCAGCCCAGAGUUCCUGUGUGCACUGGCAGCAUCUGUGUUCCCAUUCAACAUUCGACCAUACUCUGAAAUGGUCACUGACCUCGAUGAUGAAGUUGGAUCACCUGCAGAAGAAUUCAAGGCCCUUAGCUCCGAUUCUGGCAUGAACAGAAGCCAGUCAGAAUACUGCAAUGUGGGCUUUAAAACGUAUCUAACCAAUCACCCUGCAAAGAAAUAUGUUUUUGAUUUCAUGCGCGUUCUUGUGAUUGAAAAUCUGUGUCUGACUCCUGCCAGUAAACAAACCCCAUUGAUCGAUCUUCUCCUGGAGUCUUCUCCUGAAAGAUCCACUAGAGCCCAACAGAAGGAGUUCCAGACCUACAUAUUGGACAGUGUAAUGGACCACCUGCUAGCAACAGAUGUUCUUCUAGGUGAAGAUGCCUCUUUGCCCAUCACUACUGGGGGGAAUUAUCAGGUACUCGUAAACAACGUGUUUUAUUUCACCCAGAGGCUUGUGGAUAAGCUAUGGCAAGGGAUGUUCAACAAGGACUCCAAACUCGUGGUAGAGUGUAUAAUCCAACUUCUUUCCCAGUCAAAGAGGCGAUCUCAAGGUUUGUCGCUGGAAGCUAUUUAUAACUGCUUGAAUCGGACCAUCUUGUACCAGUUCUCCAGACCUCACAAAACCGUUCCUCAACAAGUAGCUCUUCUUGAUUCUUUGAGAGUUCUUACGGUGAAUAGGAAUUUAAUACUGGGUCCUGGGAACCAUGAUCAAGAUUUCAUUGCCUGCCUCGCUCACUGUCUGAUUAAUCUACACAUGGGGAGCAACCCUGAUGGUUUUGGUUUGGAAGCAGAAGCAAGGAUGACCACUUGGCACAUAAUGAUCCCAUCUGAUAUAGAACCUGAAGGAGUCUAUCAGGAUCUCAGUGAAGGUCGUCAACUUCUUUUGAAAGCCGUCAAUAGAGUAUGGAUAGAGCUUAUUCAUAGUAAGAAGCAAGUUUUGGAAGACUUGUUUAAAGUUACAUUUCCUGUCAACGACCGAGGGCAUGUGGACAUUGCUGCUGUACGACCAUCUAUUGAGGAAGCAACAUUACGAUGUUGGCAGAAUCACCUGGCUUAUGAGAAGAAAUGCAUUAGUAAAGGAGAAGCAUUGGUCCCCAGCUCUCAAUCCAAGUUGUCCCGUGUAAGCAGUGGCUUUGGACUUUCUAAAUUAACAGGUUCACGAAGAAAUCGCAAAGAAAGUGGACUUAACAAACAUAACCUCUCCACACAGGAAAUCUCCCAAUGGGUCUUCACUCACAUAGCUGUUGUACGGGACCUGGUAGACAUGCAGUAUAAGGAACACCAAGAGCGGCAGCAGAAUGCUUUGAAGUACGUGACAGAGGAAUGGAAUCAGAUUGAGUAUGAGCUGCUACGGGAGAGAGGACUUUGGGGUCCUCCCAUUGGAUCCCAUCUGGAUAAGUGGAUGCUGGAGAUGACUGAAGGUCCAUGUAGAAUGAGAAAGAAGAUCGUGAGAAACGACAUGUUUUACAUCCACUACCCCUACAUCCCUGAUACUGAGCAUGAUACAAACACAUUGUCCGAAUUUCCAUGUUUACUGCCUGAAACCUCUGAUGGCAUCUUAAUGGCAGCCCAUGAAAAGAAGCCAGCUCGUUACCGCCGCGCAGUGAGCUAUGACAGUAAGGAUUACUAUAUGCGCCUGAUGCCAGGGAACCCAGCAGUGUUUCAGGACACGGUGGAAGAAAGCUCUGAGGGCGAAGCGGCUCAACAUGAACCGGAGCAUGGAGAAGACACUAUUGCCAGAGUAAAAGGCCUAGUGAAAGCCCCUCUGAAGAGAUCUCGAUCUGCACCAGAUGGAGGUGAAGAUGAAAAUCAGGACCUCUUGCAGGAUCAGCUGUCAGAAGGGUCAUCAAUGGAUGAAGAAGAGAAGAUGGACAGUACGACACUGCUGAGACUACUUGAGGAAGGAGAGAAGAUUCAGCACAUGUAUCGUUGUGCAAGAGUCCAGGGAUUGGACACAAGUGAAGGCCUUCUUCUCUUCGGUAAAGAACAUUUUUAUGUCGUUGACGGAUUUACAAUGACCGUCAGCAGAGAAAUCCGUGACAUAGAAACGCUACCUGCAAACAUGCAUGAACCAAUCAUACCACGUGGAGCGAGACAGGGCCCCAGCCAACUGAAGAGAACUUGCAGCAUAUUUGCUUAUGAAGAUAUCAAAGAAGUUCACAAACGGCGAUAUUUGUUACAGCCAAUUGCCGUGGAAGUAUUUUCUGCCGAUGGACGAAAUUAUCUGUUGGCUUUUCAGAAGGGAGUAAGAAACAAGGUCUAUCAAAGGUUCCUCGCUGUUGUUCCAUCUUUAACGGACAGCUCCGAAUCAGUUUCUGGACAGCGCCCAAAUACCAGCGUGGAACAGGGUUCUGGAUUGCUAAGCACACUGGUUGGUGAAAAAUCUGUGACGCAGAGAUGGGAGAGAGGAGAAAUCAGCAAUUUCCAGUAUUUAAUGCACUUGAACACCCUGGCAGGCAGAUCAUAUAAUGACCUCAUGCAGUACCCUGUAUUCCCGUGGAUCCUGGCAGAUUUUGACUCUGAGGAACUGGAUCUGACCAAUCCCAAAACGUUCCGAAACUUAGCUAAACCAAUGGGAGCACAGACUGAUGACAGGCUUGCUCAGUACAAGAAACGCUACAAAGACUGGGAAGAUCCCAAUGGAGAGACACCAGCCUAUCACUAUGGAACUCAUUAUUCGUCUGCAAUGAUUGUUGCAUCAUACCUGGUACGAAUGGAGCCAUUUACACAGAUCUUCCUUCGCCUCCAGGGUGGCCAUUUUGACCUUGCAGACAGAAUGUUUCACAGCGUGCGUGAGGCAUGGUACUCUGCAUCAAAGCAUAAUAUGGCUGAUGUGAAGGAACUGAUUCCUGAGUUCUUUUACCUCCCAGAGUUCCUGCUGAAUUCUAACAACUUUGACCUUGGCUGCAAACAAAAUGGAACAAAGCUAGGAGAUGUCUUACUGCCUCCGUGGGCUAAAGGAGACCCAAGAGAAUUUAUUCGGGUGCACAGAGAGGCCCUGGAAUGUGACUAUGUUAGUUCUCAUCUGCAUGAGUGGAUUGAUCUCAUCUUUGGGUACAAGCAGCAGGGUCCAGCAGCAGUAGAAGCUGUCAAUGUCUUCCAUCAUCUCUUCUACGAGGGACAAGUGGACAUCUACAACAUUAAUGACCCACUAAAAGAGACUGCCACCAUAGGCUUUAUUAACAAUUUUGGGCAAAUACCCAAACAGUUAUUUAAAAAACCUCACCCUCCAAAGCGUGUCAGAAGUAGGAUCAAUGGAGAUAUGACAUCAGUAUCUAUGGCUAUUGGAUCUGCAUGUGACAAAAUAUUUUUCCAUCAUUUGGACAAUCUAAGACCUUCACUAGUUCCUGUCAAAGAACUGAAGGAACCCGUGGGUCAGAUUGUUUGUACAGAUAAAGGUAUUCUGGCUGUAGAACAAAAUAAGGUUCUAAUACCACCUGCCUGGAACAAGACAUUUGCCUGGGGAUAUGCAGACCUCAGCUGCAGGCUAGGAACAUAUGAAUCUGACAAGGCUGUUGUUGUAUAUGAGUGUUUAUCUGAAUGGGGGCAGAUUUUAUGUGCUAUUUGCCCAAACCCUAAACUGGCUAUCACAGGAGGAACAAGUACGGUGGUUUGUGUUUGGGAAGUGGGACUAUCAAAAGAAAAAGCCAAGUCUCUGACACUGAAACAGGCUUUGAUUGGACAUACAGACACAGUGACAUGUUUGACUGCAUCACUUGCCUAUCACAUCGUAGUGAGUGGGUCACGCGACCGAACCUGCAUUAUCUGGGACCUGAACAAGCUCUCAUUUGUGACGCAGCUGCGAGGACACCGAGCCCCAGUGUCCGCUCUCUGCAUCAAUGAGUUAACGGGUGAUAUUGUGUCGUGUGCUGGCACGUAUAUCCAUGUGUGGAGUAUAAAUGGGAAUCCAAUUGUCAGUGUGAACACGUUUACUGGAAGAAGUCAGCAGAUCCUGUGCUGCUGUCUGUCUGAAAUGAACGAGUGGGACACUCAGAACGUGUUUGUUACAGGGCAUUCAGAUGGAGUUGUCCGUUUCUGGAGGAUGGAGUUUUUACAAGUGCCAGAAACCCCAGCACCAGCUCCUGCUGAUACCAUUGAGAUGCCAGAAGACUGCACAGAAACCCACCUAGGACAUGAAGCCCAGGAUGAUGACAGUAGCGACUCUGAUGUGGAGGAUCAAAGUGCCAGCCAGGACACUAGGACAAGGGACAGCCAGCACCAACUUAGCAGUGUCAGCCAUAGGCCAAGAGCAUCCUCUGCCAGGGCUGGCUUAUCCGCGUGGUCAGCAGACAAUGGCUUAGAAGACUCCAAGCGCUGGUCAGACCAGUUGAGUUUGGAUGAAAAAGAUGGCUUUGUCUUUGUGAACUAUUCGGAGGGUCAGGGUAAAGUGCAGUUCCCACAAGUCCAGAGUGGUGCACAGCCAAGCCAAUCAGAGUUACGGCAUUAUAACAAAUUGAAAUCAGGCUACAGAUGGGAACGACAAUUGGUAUUCAGAAGCAAGCUUACUAUGCACACAGCAUUUGAUCGAAAAGAUAAUGCCCAUCCCGCUGAAAUUACUGCCUUGGGAAUCUCCAAAGAUCACAGCAGAAUAUUAGUUGGAGACAGCAGAGGGAGGGUGUUUAGCUGGUCAGUAAGUGAUCAGCCUGGGAGAUCUGCAGCUGAUCACUGGGUGAAGGAUGAAGGUAUGGACAGUUGUUCCGGAUGUGGUGUUCGGUUUUCCCUGACGGAGAGGCGUCACCACUGCAGAAAUUGUGGUCAACUUUUUUGCCAGAAGUGCAGCCGAUUCCAGUCAGAAAUCAAACGACUGAAAAUCUCCUCCCCAGUGCGUGUGUGCCAGAACUGUUUCUACAACUUACAGCAUGAGCGGGGCUCUGAGGAGGCCUCGAGGAACUAAAAUCACCUCUGCCAUCUAACUUAUAUAUAUAUAUGUAUGAAAUAGGCACUCAUUAGUGCUUUAAUUUCCAAGUGGGCAGAAACUGAAUGACAUUUGCAAAAAAAAAAAGAAA